AUGGCACCAAUAACAGAUACCGUGGUCGAUGACCUCAAGAGCACCGUCAACAGGCUCGAGAAGCGCAUCGCUGAGCUGGAGAACAAGCUGUCUGGCCAGAGUGGGGGUGCAUCAACGUCGGCAGAGAGCGUCAGGAUGAUCUUGAUGGGACCACCAGGUGCUGGCAAGGGCACACAAGCGCCGCGAAUCAAGGAGAAGUUCUGCGCAUGCCAUCUUGCUACCGGAGACAUGCUACGCGCUCAAGUCGCGGCCAAGACAGCCCUCGGUCGGGAAGCGAAGAAGAUUAUGGAUGCCGGCGGUCUGGUUAGCGACGAGAUCAUGAUCAACAUGAUCAAGACUGAGCUCGAGGGCAACGCCGAGUGCGCCCAGGGAUUCAUCCUCGAUGGCUUCCCACGAACAGUAACCCAGGCCGAGAAGCUCGACGGUAUGCUUGCUGCAACCAAGAAGCCCCUUCAACACGCCAUUGAACUGCAAAUUGACGACGGCCUCCUCGUCUCGCGUAUCACUGGCCGCCUCGUUCACCCCGCAUCCGGCCGCUCCUACCACAAGAUCUUCAACCCACCCAAGGCCCCCAUGACCGACGACGUAACCGGUGAGCCGCUCAUCCAGCGCUCCGACGACAACGAGGACACGCUCAAGAAGCGUCUCUCGACCUACCACGCUCAGACCGCGCCCGUUGUUGCAUACUACCAGAAGACGGGUAUCUGGAAGCCCAUUGACGCAAGUCAAGAGCCAGGCCAGGUAUGGAAGAGCCUGCUCAAGAUCUUCGACGACAAGGCCAUGGUUGCUGGACGAACAGGCAGCUUGCUCAACAAGGUUGGUCUUAAGAACUAG